GGAACCUGCAGCUGAACCGAGCUGCCGUCUGACUCUGUGCAGCAGCACUCUCCCCGGAGCUCUCUCUGCAGCUGUGCUCUCACUUAAAAAGAGGACAGAAGGGACCUUUACCUCCUCAGACUAUACUGGGAGCGCUGAAACAUUAAUUCACUGGAUUCCGUUUUUUUAAUGGUUGAAAUACUUUCCCAUUUCCUUUCCCCUGAUUUCAGACAGUAAUGGUUGCCCGUGCAGCGUCCGUUUUGCGUCAUGAGGAACCGCAGAGGUCCUGUUACCCACAACCUUUGCCUCCAGCCUGGAACCCAGCACAGGACCUCCUCUGCAUCACCACCAACUUCCAGUACCUGCAGGCCUCAGGGUGGUACUGGGGUUCUAUCUCGGCAAGCCAAGCUCGGGAAGUUCUCCAGUCCAAGCCGGAGGGAACAUUCCUGGUACGGGACAGCAGCCACCCUCAGUACAUGCUGGCUCUGUCGGUGAAGACCCGCUGCGGACCCACCAGUGUGCGCAUAGAGUACAACAGGGGCUGCUUCUGGUUGGACUCUACGUCCCCUCACCUGCCUCAACUACAAGCUUUCCCAGACGUUCCCAGCCUCGUCCAGCAUUACACCACCUCGGGCCAGACGCCGCAGGACCUGGAGUCAGUGCGGCCACAGACUAAGCCGGACCCGACGCAGUGUGUAUCUAAAGACAGCGGAGUCCCUCUCCAGCUGCUGCAUCCGUUGCUCAACAUGCAGGGGUUCCCGUCUUUGCAGCACCUGGCGCGGCUCGCCAUCAACAAACACACGAACUGCACCGACCAGCUGCCCCUACCAAAGCCUCUGCUGCAUUUCCUGCGGAGCUACCCUUUCUUCGUAUGAAGGUCGCGGCCUGGUGGACGCAAGGGGGACAAAGAUACAUGAACACGGUCGCGAUCCACGGCAGCUCGCUGCGGACAUGGAGCGGUGUCGGGUCGUGCAUCAGCAGAGCACCGUCCUGGGGGGAGAAGGAAGAGAUGGUCCAAGUACAAGAAACCUCAAUGUUACCUCACAUAAGUGAACUCAGUCUUACUCCAGCACAGCAGCUUUUCCUAAAGGCGAUUUUUUAUGUUUACCUUGGCUACUGUGAAACAGGCAGUGAAUGGCGACAUAUUUUAUUCUAAGCUGCAGAAAACUUUAAACCUGUGGAUUUUAAAUGGUCUGCAAUGGGACAGACCUGAACUUUUAAACAAUAAAACAAAUUAUCAGAGCUUUUCAGUUUGAGGAUUUCCCGGUUGUUUUUGUUUUUUACAUUGGAGACGAAUAUAAAAAGAUGGGCGUUGAUCCUGUUUGUGCUCUUCUUAAUGCAGUACGGUGUGCAGUAAAAAUGUGCCAUAACGCUGAGCAGAUUAAGGACUGAGGAGAAUUGCUGUCUUGUUUUCUGUCGGUUAUGCUCUUUGUUUUGCAAGAUCAUUUCGUUGAACUUUUUCUAAUUUUUAUAACAUUUUAUUCACAAGCCUUUGUCAUUUUAUUGGGAGUCUAUGUGCAAGACCUACACAAUGUAGUCCAGAAUUGUGAAGGGGAAGGAAAAUGAUGUUUUAUUUAAUUAAUUUAAAGAAAUAAUAAAAAAUCAGAAAACUA